CACCAAUAAGAAGAUGAGCGCCCGGGUUGUGGUCAGCAUGGCUGUGCCUGCAGGGAGGUCUGUGGUGUUCGUGACUGGAAACGCCAAAAAACUCGAAGAGGUCAUUCAGAUCCUGGGAGACAAGUUUCCACACAAACUAGUGUCCAGGAAGAUUGACUUGCCUGAAUACCAAGGAGAGCCGGAUGAAAUCUCAAUACAUAAGUGCAAAGAGGCUGCACGGCAGGUUGAUGGGCCAGUCAUAGUGGAGGACACGUGUCUGUGCUUCAAGGCUUUGGGAGGCCUGCCCGGUCCUUACAUAAAAUGGUUCCUGGAUAAACUCAAGCCUGAAGGUUUGCACAAACUCCUCGCCGGGUUUGAGGAUAAAUCAGCGUGGGCUCUCUGCACAUUUGCUUUCUCUGCUGGGAAAGAUGAACCAGUAACGCUCUUCAGAGGGAAAACAGAGGGACUCAUUGUGGAACCCAGAGGGCCUCGAGACUUUGGAUGGGAUCCCUGUUUCCAGCCAGACGGAUACGACAAAACCUAUGCCGAACUGCCAAAAGAAGUGAAGAAUACGAUCUCUCACCGCUACCGGGCGCUUGCUGCCAUGUCCGAGCACUUCUCUCAAACCAACGAUACCUCACCACAGGAAAAGAAGAAGAAGAAGAAGGAGGAGGAGGAUUAAAGAGUCUUAUCAGGCCAACGUCCGGCUCUGAAUCUUUAUCAAACCUCAAGUUACUGGAUUGGAUUUCACUAAGCAGAGGAUAUUUACUACUACUUUAAUUGUUGAGUCAGAAAAGUACUAUAUGGAUGUUAUUACUUAUGUGUGAUCACAAUGUCUGCUUGUAGGAUCUGCAGUGCAUAAUAACGGUUUAUUUUCAAUAAACAUUUUAAUUCCUAAAGAAA